CGGCGGGGCUUGGCCUGGGUCACUUCAUCGUUCGGCAAGGGGAAGGGCUUCUGGCGAGCUCGGGGCGCCCCGCCCGCUGCGGGUGAAGGGUGACGGGCGGAGGGGGAGAGGGAGAACCUCGGUCGGCGGAGGAGUGCAGGGGACGCUGCCGAGAUCAAGGGAAGAGCAAAGCUGGAGAGGACGUGAACUUGAGGUCACAUCAAUAUCAUCUACAGUAGCUAGCCUUAUCGCCUCAUUAUAUUAUACUCUGACAAGUAGAUUUCUCAAGCAAGAAAAGAAAGCAUUCAGUAUGGCUUCUCCAGCUCUACUCAUGCGUGUGGUUGCCUCUGCAUAUUCUGUUGCAGAAAAAGCUGCAACAAUUGUUAGAAAUGUAAUGGCUGCAGGAGAUCUGGAGAUAGUGGAGAAGACCGGAGCCAAUGACUUGCAGACCAAGGCUGACCGACUGGUACAAAUGAGCAUUUGUGCUUCCCUGGCACGGAAGUUUCCCAAGGUGACAAUCAUAGGAGAAGAAGAACUGCCCACUGAAGAAGUAACUGAGGAAUUAAUUGAAGAUGGUCACUGUGAAGAAAUACUGAAGAAAACUUGUCCUGCUCAGUACGCAGGAAUUAAAGAGGAAGAGCUUGUAAUAUGGGUUGAUCCCUUGGAUGGAACCAAGGAGUACACUGAAGGUCUCCUUGACCACGUAACGGUUCUUAUUGGAAUUGCUUAUGGAGGCAAAGCAAUAGCAGGAGUUAUUAAUCAGCCAUAUUACAACUAUAAGGCAGGAGCUGAUGCUGUGUUGGGCAGGACAAUCUGGGGAGUCCUGGGCAUAGGUGCCUUUGGAUUUCAGCUCACAGAAGCACCUGCUGGGAAACACAUCAUUGUUACCACCCGUUCUCACAGCAGUACCCUGGUAAAUGACUGCAUCAGUGCCUUGAACCCAGACAGUGUCAUCAGAGUUGGAGGAGCAGGAAACAAGAUCAUUCAACUUAUAGAAGGCAAGGCAUCUGCUUAUGUAUUUGCCAGUCCUGGGUGCAAGAAAUGGGAUACAUGUGCACCUGAAGCUAUUCUGCAUGCUGUGGGAGGCAAGAUAACUGAUAUCCAUGGAAAUUCAUUUCAGUAUAACAAGGAAGUGAAACACAUGAAUUCAGCUGGCGUCCUUGCCACUUUGAGAAAUUAUGACUAUUAUGCCAGUCAUAUUCCUAACACCGUUAAACAAUCUCUUGUGCCUUAAAGCAGUAAAGCAUCUUCACAUGGCCUGGAAGGCUGAGAAAGUGAGCUUGGAGAAUAAGAAAGAAAGAAGAUAACUGAGCUUGAAAUUUUGUUUUAUAGAAUCUGAACCAAAUUCUUCCACUAAGGUGUUCAAUAAUUUCAAAAUUACAUACAGAAUAUGUUGGAUCAGAUUGUUUUGCUGUGUUUAGCAGUCAACAUCAAAACAGUCACAUUUCUUCAAUAGUUGUUUUCGAUAUUCUUUGGGAGUAUUCAUUCUUCAUGACUCUGCUUAAUAUACUGCUAAUGAUAACACUACAGUCCAAAAAUCAUCUUAAUAUUCAGGGCACAAAAUCAUGUUAAGUCAUUUACCUGAUCUUGCUCAAUGUUUUGUGUUGUAUGUAGUCAAUAAGGGUUUAUUGGGUUAAAUACAAACAGAAUAUUUGCCUGGA